AUGGCGGGAUUUGUUGGCAGUGACAAGAUAAGAGCUAUGGAUAUUUCUCACCGUACAAGUGUUGUCUUCGAUAAAAUUCAUCAAUUUGAGCCAGAGCUUGCUGGAAAGAUAAUUGGCUAUCUCCUCCUGCAAGACCAUGGAGAACUAGAAAUGGCAAGUUUGGCUUCGUACCCGGACUAUUUAAUACGUGAUGUGGUAUGUCAGGCCAAAAUGGAGCUCCAAAAGUUGGCUGCGAAACCAGAUAUGCUCCCAAUUUCACUUAUUGUCAACCCUCCCCUUCCUCAUCCUCAACAAGGUUUAAGCCAUUUAUCAGUUAUGUCUCCUAGAACUCCUACUUCACCAAACUUUCAGGUUCCUCCUCACUAUUGGGAUCCACAACCUGCUGGCAAUAUCAAUUCAGACUUUAUGGCAAUGAAUUACGUGUAUUCUGUCAAGGAACUUCAGAAGCAGACACAAUUGUGCAGCUUGGAGAAUAGUAUAGAUGCGGUGAAGACUGGGACUGUAGGAGUUGCCAACGAUUACUAUGGAGAUGCUUCUGCUAACAACCUGGGUGGAAAAGCAGCUGGGAGAAGGUUUUCUGACUUUCCAAUGAAAGUCUGUCACUACUUCAACAAAGGAUUCUGCAAGCAUGGAACUAGCUGCAGAUUCUAUCAUGGGCAAGUUGCCCCUGAGAAUUUCUCUCAGACGUAUGGAUAUGAUGCUAUUGGUGAGGAUCAGGUGAUUUCCCCAGGGUCACUAGCACAGCUAGAGUCAGAACUUGUUGAGCUGCUAAGAUCAAGGGGCAGUCCAAUAUCGAUUGCUUCUCUGCCAAUGGCAUACUCAGAUAAAUUUAAUAAGGUACUGCAAGCAGAAGGUUAUUUAACUGAAAGCCAGAGACAUGGUAAAUCUGGCUAUAGUUUGACAAAGCUUCUUGCGCGACUGAAAAACAGUAUUCGGCUAAUAGGCAGUUACAGACCUCAUGGGCAGCAUUCAGUGGUUCUGGCAGACGAUGCUCCCACACAAAUGCAGAAGGGAGAGUUUGCUCGAAAUAUCAGUGCUUCACGACAAAUAUAUCUCACGUUCCCGGCUGACAGCACUUUCACCGAGGAUGAUGUCUCAAACUACUUCACCACAUUUGGGCCUGUUGCAGAUGUCAGAAUUCCAAACCAGCAGAGAAGGAUGUUCGGAUUUGUGACAUUUGUUCAUCCAGAAACUGUCAAAACUGUUUUGGAUAAGGGAAAUCCCCAUUCUGUUCGGGGAUCUCGUGUUCUUGUGAAACCUUACCGGGAGAAGGCAAAGGUUAAUGAAAGGAAGUACGCAGAUAUUGAGCACACUGUUUGUUGUUCACCACACUAUGUAGAUACGAACUCUGAACUUAACUCAAUUCCAAAAAGUUUUGGGAACCAUAGAUCCUUUAGGCGACAGCUAAUUGAAGAGCAAGAGCAAGCCCUUGAACUUGAGAGAAGUCUUGCACAACUGCCGUUUUCCCCAAAACCUUUAUCCAGCUCACAUCAUUUUGGCUUCUCCUUGAACGAGACAACAAUUUCAGAUGAUAACUUCGAUUUACAGACAUCAGAAGAAUCUUUCAGAUUUCCACUGCAUGGCAAAUCCAGGCAUACAUACGGCAAUUUCUCUCAUGGGGAAAGCAUUGAAGGACUCAAUCUCCCGGACAGUCCAUUCGCCUUUCCAAUAAAUAAUGAGAAGUAA